AUGAGGAAAUUUCUGAUUGCUCUCAUUCCUACUGCCUUAGGUAAACCAACUUUGGAUUCCAUCGGCAACGAGCCGAUCACCCCGAUCGAGUUCCGCGCCGAAUUCGACAGCCGCUUCCCCUCCAAAGAGACGAUCAUGCACCUCCAGCGCCAAUACGAAGCCUACCUUGAAGCACUCGCUCAAACCACCGAAAUCGUCACGACUACUGCUCCCCUCGAAACAACUCUGAACCCAACCGAAGCGACUACAUUUACGUACACUGGCAAAGCCUAA